UCACAAGCUAAAUACCAUGUAUCAAUUUAAAGUUGAUUGAUCAACAAAAUUAUUUGGUAGAGCUUAAACCAAAUCUGCAAAAUUUUCUACAAUGGCACGCAACAUUGGAGCACUGGCAAUAAUAGGCAGCCUUCUUAUAAUCACCAUAGCAGCAAGUAUGACAAAAAUGGAAGAAAAACCUGUCGUGAGUAAUGAAGAAGCGAAGAAAAACCUUGAAAUGAUUGAGUAUUAUGCUAAUAAAACAGAGCUGACACCAUACGAAAGUUACAUUAUAAAAACAGGCAUUAAAAGAAUGAAACGUGCCGUUGCUCCAGUUGAGGGUGAAAAACUUGAAAUAGUUGGAGGGAGAAAUGACCAUUGGUGUUGUAAGGAGGAUCCCGUGGUUGGAAAGAACUACAGCACUCGCAGUGUGGGAGAACUGGUGAUGGUCACCAGAUCACGUAGAAGAUUCACUAGAUGUGGUUUCGGUGGCUGGGAAAGAUGUUCCGUAGAUGUGACUUAUUUGAGUCAGGAGAUGAAGUAUAAGUCAGUACUGGACACAUUAGAGAUCCCCCAGGCCGAAUGGGUUCAUGGAUGUCCCGAAGAAAAACUCUUCUGCUGUAGAGGAUUCAUUCUAAAUGCUGAUGUAAAGAACUGCAUGACCCAGGCAGAGGUGGAUUCCCUGAUUACAAUGCUUUCAAGACAUGGUGGAGAAGCCUUGUGUCUCAUGCGCAUGUUUGGUGUCUUAGACAGAGAAUGUCCACUGCAGAAAUAGCAAGAGACUGAAAAAAACAUUGUACUAUACUUUUCACGCUUUAUUGUGCAAUAUCCAGAAUCAAGAAUUUCCAUUACAGAAAUACAAUGGACUGCAAUAUAUUUUGUAUUGUAUUAUGUAUGUUUUACCCUGUUAAACGGAAAAUGUCCAUCAUAGAAAUAGCAAUAGACUGCAAUAAAUAUUGAAUUAUAUUAUUUAUGUUUUAGUGUGUAAUAUGCAAAACAGAAAAUGGCCAUUAUAGGCACUGGUGGUAGGCUCGCC